AUGGCCGUCGAAUCUAACACAAAACUCAGCUUCACCGAGUUCUACAACGUCAUCGACGGAAAGCUCGAAACCACCAAGGAGACCCUCCAGAAUACCAACCCCUCUACCCUUGAGAAGAACCACCCAGUGCCGGUUUCAACCCAAGAAGAUGUUGACAGAGCUGUCGAAGCUGCCAAGAAGGCUUCUGAGACCUGGGCCGAUGUCCCGUACAAGGAGCGACAGAACCUAGUGGCUAAGUAUGCCGACGGUAUUGAUGCUAUCAAGGAGGAGCUUGCUGUCUUGUUAGUCAAGGAGCAAGGAAAAUCUAUGCAACUGGCCCAAUACGAGAUCAUGUUGGCUGUUCAGUUCCUCAAGGGAUAUGCAGAGCUGCCUGAUCCUCAGCAGUUGAUUGAGGACAAACCAGGCCGUAAAGUCGUCACAAAAUACGUCCCUCUCGGUGUUGCCGUCGGUAUCGUGCCUUGGAACUCUACUGCCAAGAUCGGCCCAGCUCUGAUUGCGGGUAACGCUUUCAUUCUCAAACCAUCACCUUUCACUCCCUACUGCGGACUGAAGCUCGCUGAGCUGGCCCUCCAGUAUUUCCCCACAGGUGUCGUCCAAGCACUUAGCGGUAACGAUAGCCUUGGACCUUGGCUCACAGCGCAUCCCGGCGUGGACAAGGUCAGCUUUACUGGAUCUACAGCAACUGGAAAGAAGGUCUUGCAGAGCGCUGCACCAACGCUUAAGCGCGUCACCCUCGAAUUGGGAGGAAACGAUCCCGCCAUUGUCUGCGAUGAUGUUGAUGUUAAGGAGAUUGCUCCCAAGAUUGCCUUCGGAGCACUCAUGAACUCUGGUCAGCUCUGCAUGGCCAUCAAGCGAAUCUACGCCCAUGAGUCGAUCUACGACGACUUGGUGAAAGAGCUAGCCGCGGCGGUCAACAGCUUUACUGUGGGUGAUGGUCUGGAUAGCAACACAGCCCUGGGUCCCGUACAGAACCACCUACAGUUCGAUAGAGUGAAGAACCUACUCGCCGAUAUCGAGUCCCAGGGUUACAAGCUAGCAGCUGGUUCGACCAGUGCAUCAACAGCCGGCAAGGGAUACUUUAUCACCCCUACCAUUGUCGAGAACCCCCCCGAUGAUUCAAGAAUCGUGGUUGAGGAGCCAUUUGGCCCUGUCUUCCCUGUGUUGAAGUGGACGGACGAACAGGACGUCCUUCGACGUGCCAACGACAACCCUAUGGGUCUUAGUGCCUCUGUCUGGACUAAGGAUAUGGAGAAGGCGGAGAGAAUGGCCGGCAAGAUUAAGGCAGGCACGGUUUGGAUUAACGCACAUCACGAGCUCAACCCCAAUGUUGCCUUUGGAGGUGCUAAGCAGAGUGGUCUUGGUGCUGAGCAUGGAAUCGAGGGUAUUAAGGCGUACUGCACCACUAAGUCCCUGUACUUCAACGCGGCUUAG